ACUGUGCUAUUUAACAGUAGACAUGUUGGCUGUGGGUCAACUGGCUGCUCUUGUAAUCCUCAUUCUUCAGAGGUGGAUCAUCGAAGCCACAGGUCUGACUCAUGCAGCGGCUGAGUUAAAAACUGCUGGAGCGCUCUGAGAACAAACAGAGUCUGCUGUGGGACGCUUCUGCUCAACACUUCUGCAAGAUUUUUCAAGAAUCGGGCGAGGGGAUCUGGGACAGAAUCUGUUAGUGGAGAUUUGAUCAUGGACUACUCGGGGCUGCUGCUGCUGCUGCUGCUCAGCCUCAGACGAGCUCUUUGUGCAGUGGUGCAAUGGAGCGAGUUAGACGAAGCAAAGGCCUAUCUGAGGCAGUACGGCUACCUGAACGACCCUGCUGAUCCACAGGACCCUAAUUAUCUGGAGGAGCUCAUUGAAGCUCUUAAAGUGUUCCAGAAUGUGAAUGAUCUGCCACCUACUGGAGAAAUAGAUGAACCAACUCUGGAUGUGAUGAGACAGCCCCGCUGUGGUAUGGAGGAUCCCUUCAACAAGAAAUUUCACAAGUACAGAGUGAUGGGCCGCUGGAGAAAAAAAAGUCUGACGUACCGCAUUUACAACUACACUCCUGACAUGACGAAGUCAGAAGUCAAGGAAGCCAUCCAAGCUGCCUUCAAAUACUGGAGCGACGUGGCGCCUCUGAACUUCAGAGAGGUCAACUAUGGUCGAGCAGACAUAAAGAUCUCCUUCCACAAAAAAGACAGCUACUGUGCCGUCCCGUUUGAUGGCCGUGGUCACGUACUGGCCCACGCUGAGUCACCAGAAUCUGGUAUUGUCCACUUUGAUGAGGAUGAGUUCUGGACCGAGAAAAAAUAUUAUGGCACUAAUCUGCGUAUUGUAGCUGCUCAUGAAAUAGGCCAUGCCCUGGGCCUGGGUCACUCUCAGUUCAGGAGUGCUCUGAUGGCGCCCGUCUACUCUGGUUACCGUGCCAACUUCAGACUGGAUUCAGAUGAUGUGAAAGGCAUCCAGGCUCUGUAUGGCAAACGCACCACCAGCACAACAUCCAGUCCAACAACUUCAGAGAGUCUGACUCCACCUGAAAACAGCCAGGGGACUGAGAGCGCCCCUGAUCCCUGCACUGCAUCCCUGGACGCCAUCAUAUUAGGUCCGUGGAGAAAGACCUUUGCUUUUAGCGGGGAUUAUGUGUGGACCAUCUCUGAUAUGGGACACAACAUACCAAUAAAAAUUAACAGACUGUGGAGUGAACUCCCUGGAAACCUAAAUGCUGCUGUGCACUCCCAACGAACCAACAAGACAUACUUCUUUAAAGGCAGUGAAGUUUGGAGGUAUACCAAGUUCACGCUGGACUACGGCUACCCCAAACAGGUGAAACGGAUCCCUCCUAACAUCGAUGCUGCCUUGUACCUGGAGAAGAACAAUAAACUGGUCUUCAUUAAGGGUUCAGAGCACUGGCAGUGGGACGAGCUGAAGUACAAUGACUUGACUUUAUACCCCAAACCACUCAGCACGCUCUUCUUUGGAGUUCCGUCCACUCCUGACGCAGCCUUCACCUGGACCAACGGCAAGAUCUUCUUCUUUAAGGGGGACAAGUACUGGCGGGUGAACAAUCUGUUCAGAGCAGACAGAGGAUACCCCCUGAGCAAGAAGGAGCGCUGGAUGCAGUGCUGAACCUCGACCAUCAGGGGGCAGCAGCUACCAAGAGGUGUGAAGCAGGGGUUCCAGUCCCCAGGGGCAUUGACAACCACUCAACCUCAACAGUAGUCACAAAUACUAGAUGAGCAUUGACAACAUUAGGGGAAAACUAGUGUAAUUUUCAUUUCACUGGACUAAAGCUAAGUUACCCUCCAGUGCAGGCUGAUAUUUGUGAGGGUUACUUGAAUGCAGAAUUAUAAAAGCUUUCAUAUGGUCUCUGGGAAAAAUGAUCCCUCUUAUGUUUUUUUUUUUCUUUGGCACAUGUGUUGGAUUAUGUGGUAAUGCUUUCAGUAAGAUGUAAUACUAUGAUGGGAGUGUGCACUUUGUGUUCAGUUUUGUUUAACCAACUCCUUAAUCAAUUUCUUAAAUGCACACUUCCAUUGUGUCAUGAAUCACGCUGGACUGUGAGAAAUCAUGUGGCAUUGAUUUGUCUACUGAUUUUAAGUGGAAAUGUAACAUUUUGUACUUUUAAACAAGACAUGACAACAACAAAUAAAGAAAUUCUUUCCUGGUUUUAGUUCUCAA